CUGCUUAAUGAAAUAAYUAAUAACAUGAAACAAAAACGGAAUGGAACUAUGCAAACUGAUUUCAAAUUAUGGGUGUACUCAGCUCAUGAUACCAAUGUAGCUGGUUUAUUACAUUCUUUAAAUGUUUACAAUCAUAAAUUACCGCCUUAUGCUGCUGCUGUGUUUAUAGAACUUAGGAAGAGUAAAAACUCAAAUAAUACUUAUGUUGUUACUGUAUCAUAUAGAAACACUUCUACUCACGAUCCUUAUUUGCUUCAUGUUCCUGGUUGUGAUUCAAUAGCAUGCGACCUAGACCAGUUUAUUGAUGUUGUGAAUCCAAUUUUACUUACAGACUGGUAUAAAGAAUGCCAUACGCUUGAGGAAAGUAAUGUUUUGGCAUAUAUUGGAAUUAUUGCAGUAAUAUUGAUAGUUGUUUCAAUCAUUUGUUUUAUGUUAAACAAAAAAUAUUUCAUCUGUUAUUGUGGCAGAAAUUAUCAAAAAUUUUAAAUGGCAUGGACUGAAAUUUUUUUUAUGCAUCACUUCACAACAAAUUUACUAAAUAUGUAUUGAAGAAAAUAUUUUAUAUAUUAUAAGCAUGCUCAAUAUUUUAAUGUAACUAAAUGGCUUAGUAUGUUUCAACAUUCUACGAUAACUGACGUUAUUCGUUGCCCUUACAAAUGGGUGUUAAAAAUGUUGUUCUAGAUUAUAACUUUAAAAUUAUGUUUGAUAAUAUAUUAUAGUAUGAUUACUGUGUUAUAGUAGUUAGACUGUAGUGUUUGUUUUAGUAUUUUAAUAGAAAUAUAGUCCCCGUAUUAUGAAAUAUGACUGAGCCAGUGUAUCAAUUCUAGAAUUAGAAUCUUAUUUAAUAAAACUUAGAAAAACUA